AUGUCAUCCGUCAUGCAUUACUAUCCAGUGCACCAGGCCAAGGUGGCUCCUUAUCCAGCAGCCCCAUCCGAGGUGAAAUACAGUGAGUUAAUCUACGGUCACCAUCAUGCUGUGAACCCCAUCGGCCUGCCACCCAACUACAACCAGCUGAACUCCAACCCCACCACCCUCAACGAUCACUGCUCCGCGCAGCAGCAGCAGCACCAGCACCAUCAGCAGGUGUCCUCGGAUGAGAAUCUGCCAUCCCAGUCCAGCCAGGAUGCGCAGAGGGUGAAACUGAAGCGAUCCCGAACUGCCUUCACCAGCGUUCAGCUGGUGGAGCUGGAGAACGAGUUCAAGAGCAACAUGUAUCUGUAUCGGACGCGCAGGAUCGAGAUUGCCCAGCGGCUGUCCUUGUGCGAACGGCAGGUGAAGAUCUGGUUCCAGAACCGACGCAUGAAGUUCAAGAAGGACAUCCAGGGACACCGCGAGCCCAAGGCCAGCGCCAAGCUGGCUCAGCCCCAGGCGGAGCAGAGUGCCCAUCGCGGGAUAGUGCAGCGCCUGAUGUCCUACUCCCAGGAUCCCAGGGAGACCGCUGCGGCAGCAGAAAAGCGUCCUGUGGUGGCAGUUGCACCCGUCAAUCCCCAGCCGGACUAUGGCCAGACCAAGGUGAAGUCGGAAGUGCCAGCCAGCAAUGUUAUGAGCCACAGCAACAACAGCAUGUGCUCCAGUUCCGAUCUCAGCGAGAUCUUGGAGCACCUGGCUCAAGCCACGGCUGCUCCAGCAACCAGCAUCGCCCAUCCAGGAGCCUCUUGCAACGCCAACUCAGUGACAAGCUCCUCGUCGGGACACUACUCCUACAAUGUGGACUUGGUGCUGCAGAGCAUCAAGCAGGAUUUGGAGGCAGCGGCCCAGGCCUGGUCCAAGUCGAAGUCGGCACCCCUGCUGGCCACUCAAUCCUGGCAUCCGAGCUCCCAAGUCCAGAUCCCCACGAGCGUGCAUGCUGCUCCGUCCAUGAACCUGUCGUGGGGCGAGCCUGCUGCCAAGUCCAGAAAGCUGAGCAUAACCCACAUAAAUCCCUGUGUCACCGGCUUCAACUAUCCCAAUUGA